AUGGUGACGCUCGGCGCAAGAAGCCGACGGGCGGUCGCGGCGCCCUGCCUCCUGCUCGCCGCGCUGGCGCAGUGGGGCUCCUGGUGCCUCCUUCCCGGCGGCCCAGGCGCCCGAGCCCGAUGGGUGGCCUCCGCGCCCCUCGCCGGAUCCCAGGGCUCGACCCCGGGGAGAGCUGGAGCCGCGAGGCACCUGGUGUGCCGAGAAGCCGCGAAGAAGAAGGCCGCGGCGACCACCAAGAAGGCGGCCGCGGCGACCACCAAGAAGGCGGCCGCAAAGACUACCAAGGCUGCGGGGGCCACGGCCGUCAAGGACGGGGACGUCAUUUGCCUGAGAUCGCACAACGGGAACUACAUCAACGCGGAGCCCGGAAACGACAUCGUCUCG